AUGGAGGUUGUCAAUUCAUUGAUUUGCAUAAGCCUUUUAGUGAUUAGUGUAGCCCCUACUGUACCCGUCGCUUGUGAUCAUGACUCAGGUGGAAAGCCCCAUGAACCUGAUGCACCCUCCAUGGGCUCAUUGCUGGACGCAGCUCGGAGUGGAGAUGUAGAAGUUGUGCAGCAUUUAUUGAAGUCUGGAGCAGAAGUGAACAAGGCGAAUGAGACCGGAAUCACUCCUCUGAUCAUAGCAGCCCAUAAGGGACAUGUGGAAGUUGUGCAGCAGCUGGUGAAGGCUAGAGCAGACGUGGACAAGGCACAGCGGACCGGGGCCACUCCACUGAACAUAGCAGCCUGUCAGGGACAUGUGGAAGUUGUGCAGCAGCUGCUGAAGGCUGGAGCUGAAGUGAACAAGGCUAGCCAGACCGGAAUCACUCCGCUGUACAUAGCAGCCGAGAAGGGACAUGUGGAAGUUGUGCAGCAGCUGCUGAAGGCUGGAGCAGAAGUGAACAAGGCUAGCCAGCACGGAGUAACUCCGCUGUACAAAGGAGCCGAGAAUGGACAUGUGGAAGUUGUGCAGCAGCUGCUGAAGGCUGGAGCAGAAGUGGACAAGGCGGAGCAGGACGGAGCCACUCCACUGAACAUAGCAGCCCAGGAGGGACAUGCGGAAGUUGUACAGCAGCUGCUGAAGGCUGGAGCAGAAGUGGACAAGGCGCAGCAGGACGGAGUCACUCCGCUGAACAUAGCAGCCCAUCAGGGACAUGUGGAAGUUGUGCAGCAGCUGCUGGAGGCUGGAGCAGAUGUGGACAAGGCGGAGCAGAACGGAGCUACUACACUGUACAUAGCAGCCCUGAAUAGACACGUGGAAGUUAUACAGCAGCUGCUGAAGGCUGGAGCAGAAGUGAACAAGGCACAACAGACCGGAGCCACUCCACUGAACAUAGCAGCCUGUGAGGGACAUGUGGAAGUUGUGCAGCAGUUGCUGAAGGCUGGAGCAGAGGUGGACAAGGCGGAUGAGGACGGAGCCACUCCGCUGUUUAUAGCAGCCGGGAAUGGACAUGUGGAAGUUGUGCAGCAGCUGCUGAAGGCUGGAGCAGAGGUGGACAAGGCGGAUGAGACCGGUGCCACUCCACUGAACAUAGCAGCCUGUGAGGGACAUGUGGAAGUUGUGCAGCAGUUGCUGAAGGCUGGAGCAGAGGUGGACAAGGCUAACCAGGACGGAGCCACUCCGCUGUUUAAAGCAGCCGGGAAUGGACAUGUGGAAGUUGUGCAGCAGUUGCUGAAGGCUGGAGCAGAGGUGGACAAGGCACAACAGACCGGAGUCACUCCACUGAUCAUAGCAGCCAGUGAGGGACAUGUGGAAGUUGUGCAACAGCUGCUGAAGGCAGGAGCAGAAGUGGACAAGGCGGAGCAGACCGGAAUCACUCCGCUGAUCAUAGCAGCCCAGGAGGGACAUGUGGAAGUUGUGCAGCAGCUGCUGAAGGCUGGAGCAGAAGUGGACAAGGCGCAGCAGAUCGGAGUCACUCCGCUGAACAUAGCAGCCCUGUACGGACAUGUGGAAGUUGUACAGCAGCUGCUGAAGGCUGGAGCAGACGUGAACAAGGCUAGCCAGGCUACUGAAAAUGAGAUCACACUUAAAGGUUUGACGGCUCUACAUACAGCAGCUCUUGGGGAUCACUUUGGAGUUGCUGGCGUCCUUCUUGUCGCCAGUAAAGGUGCCAUUAACCAGAAAUUAACGAUGGAGUUCUCAAAGGAUAUUACAAAUAAUUUAGAGGUGGCACCGCUCCAUGCAGCAGCAGGAAUCGGCAACCUGAACAUUGUGAAUCUCCUGGUCAGUGCAGGAGCGGACACAACAUGCGCAGGGACGGUACCGAUCGAGGUAUUUGACAUGUUUUAG